CAGAUUUUUUUUUUUGCAUGUUUGACAAUAGCUUGCUCGUGACUUGGAAUCAUGUUCGAUUCAUACAAGAGAAACAAGCUGCAAGCAAGAUGUUGAUUACAUGUCUAUUGUCGAGGAUGAAUCUGAAUCUACUUUUCAUGAGGCUUUUCUUAGUCGUCUUAUGGAAACUGGUGCAACAGAAAGUUCAUCUUUAUGUGACCUUCCUAAACAGAUGGAAGGUGAUCAACAGAGAGCCUCUGAACAGACUAAGAACAUCUUAAGUAAUUUAGUUGCUGAUGUUGACAAUUUGUGGUAUCUAAAAGAUGGAAUACAUACUGUAGUCUUGAAAAAACUUUCAGAAAAUGGAUCUUGCAGGCAAAGGACACCAAGUGAAUUAGAUAGAGAGGUUAAGAACUUGAGGGUGGCAUUUACUGACCUGUUUUAGAAGCAUAACACUUUCAAAGAAACUGCAAAGCCAUCGAGAUAUUGAUGCAAAGAAUAAAGUCGAGCUUAGAAUAUUAAGAGGUAACUCCACUCUUUUUUUUGGUAUAAUCAAUAAAUAAUGAUACACAUUCCAUACAAAU